CUGUCAGGCUGGUUUCGACAGCUGGGGAAUUAACCUAUCCCGCCCAUCCCUAGCCUCGAGCCGCGCAGGCUCCGCGCCUCCGCCCUUGUUCCCUCCCAGCUCCUCCGAGUGGAAGCCGCUACAAAUGGCUUGAAUGAAACGUGUGUGGGUUUAGUGAGUGGUGAACCACCAGGGGAUCCCGUCUCCCCACAAACCAGUAUCUCUCCGAGAAGGAGACGAAGGAGUGGGAGGAGGCAACGAGCAGAGAGUCAAGCUUCGCGGGCGCGCGCAGCGGCUGGAGCGCGGGGCGAGGCCGGGCCACCUCCCCUUCCCGGCCGCGCACUGCCUGGCCCGCGGCGGUUCCAGGCACCACCCUCCCCAUCCGGGCUGCGCCCGCUGUGGCAGUGACUAGCUCCCGCGGCUAGCGGCACUGUCCACCGACGAGCGAAGCCCUCUUCUCCGCCUUCUCCCCACGAUUUCCUUUUCUGCGGCGGCACGCCGUCCAGCAGCCCGCUUCGCCCGGUCGUCAACUUUGAGCUGGAGGAGAAGCAACUUUGGCAGUGGCCGCGGGGUUGGAAUCCCGCUUCUCCUCGGCAGCAGUAGUCUCUCAAGUCGCUGGGGUUAGGUGGGGCAAGAGUUUCGCCGGUGCAUCAGCACGGCUUCGGACUGUUUGAAACCUGUUUCCAGCGAGCUGGCAGCGGGGUUGUGACUGCCAGUCGUCUGGGGGAGGGGGACUUGUUUUUCUUUUCCUCUAGAGACCUCGGCUUGCAACUGGAUCAAACACUGUCGAAAGGAUGUAAAUAGGCAGAGCAACUGUUACCAAGAAGGCCACCACCCCCACCCAAAGGCAGUGAGGAGUGUGGGGCUUCGUCUGGGCUCCCCCGAGUCUCAACAGUAGUCAACAGUCAGGUGUUGAUUGCAACUUUUCAAGGUCAGCCACCGGGAGUAGCCUAUUCCCUCUACGAACCUUGGAGGGCAUACCUCGCUGGGACUUGGCUGAGAAAUGCACAAGAUGCAAAAGGAGGAAGGAUUGUAGGGGGCGUGUGUGUGACCCCCAAGACCCAUCUUCCGCUAUCCCCGUAAUCUCCGGUUCCCCGCUACCCGGGCGGGGGUGAGUAUGUGACAUGUGCCUAACUCUCAGCAGCAACUUCGGCAGCAGGUGUCGAUCCUAACUAAGCAGGAGCUGCGGCUGCCGGGUGUGCCCUCACCAAGCCAUGCGAGCCCCGGGCGCGCUUCUCGCCCGCAUGUCGCGGCUACUGCUUCUGCUACUGCUCAAGGUGUCUGCCUCUUCUGCCCUCGGGGUCGCCCGUCCGUCCAGGAACGUAACUUGUCUGGGGGAGAGCUGUGAACCUACAGUGAUCCAGCGCCGCGGCAGGGACGCCUGGGGACCGGGAAAUUCUGCAAGAGACGUUCUGCGAGCCCGAGCACCCAGGGAGGAGCAGGAGGCAGCGUUGCUUGCGGCGGCCUCCUGGGACCUGCCGGCGGCCCCAGGCCGUGACCCGGCUGCAGGCAGAGGGGCGGAGGCGUCGGCAGCCGGACCCCCGGGACCUCCAACCAGGCCCCCUGGCCCCUGGAGGUGGAAAGGUGCUCGGGGUCAGGAGCCUCCUGAAACUUUGGGGAGAGGGAACCCCACGGCCCUCCAGCUCUUCCUUCAGAUCUCAGAGGAGGAAGAAAAGGGUCCCAGAGGCGCUGGCAUUUCCGGGCGCAGCCAGGAGCAGAGUGUGAAGACAGUGCCUGGAGCCAGCGAUCUUUUUUACUGGCCAAGGAGAGCCGGGAAACUCCAGGGUUCCCACCACAAGUCCCCGUCCAAGACGGCCAGUGGACUGGCGGGGCACGAAGGGCGGACAAUUGCACUCCCGGGCCGGGCGCUGGCCCAGAAUGGAUCCUUGGAUGAAGGAAUCCAUGAGCCUGGGGGUCCCCGCCGGGGAAACAGCACGAACCGGCGCGUGAGACUGAAGAACCCCUUCUACCCGCUGACCCAGGAGUCCUAUGGAGCCUACGCGGUCAUGUGUCUGUCUGUGGUGAUCUUCGGGACCGGCAUCAUUGGCAACCUGGCGGUGAUGUGCAUCGUGUGCCACAACUACUACAUGCGGAGCAUCUCCAACUCCCUCUUGGCCAACCUGGCCUUCUGGGACUUUCUCAUCAUCUUCUUCUGCCUUCCGCUGGUCAUCUUCCACGAGCUGACCAAGAAGUGGCUGCUGGAGGACUUCUCCUGCAAGAUCGUGCCCUAUAUAGAGGUCGCUUCUCUGGGAGUCACCACCUUCACCUUAUGUGCUCUAUGCAUAGACCGCUUCCGUGCUGCCACCAACGUACAGAUGUACUAUGAAAUGAUCGAAAACUGUUCCUCAACAACUGCCAAACUUGCUGUUAUAUGGGUGGGAGCUCUACUGUUAGCACUUCCAGAAGUUGUUCUCCGCCAGCUGAGCAAGGAGGAUUUGGGGUUUAGUGGCCGAGCUCCGACAGAAAGGUGCAUUAUUAAGAUCUCUCCUGAUUUACCGGACACCAUCUAUGUUCUAGCCCUCACCUACGACAGUGCGAGACUCUGGUGGUAUUUUGGCUGUUACUUUUGUUUGCCCACGCUUUUCACCAUCACUUGCUCUCUAGUGACAGCGAGGAAAAUCCGCAAAGCAGAGAAAGCCUGUACCCGAGGGAAUAAGCGGCAGAUUCAUCUGGAGAGCCAGAUGAACUGUACGGUAGUGGCACUGACCAUUUUAUAUGGCUUUUGCAUUAUUCCUGAAAAUAUCUGCAACAUCGUUACUGCCUACAUGGCUACAGGGGUUUCGCAGCAGACAAUGGACCUCCUUAAUAUCAUCAGCCAGUUCCUUUUGUUCUUUAAGUCCUGUGUCACCCCAGUCCUCCUUUUCUGUCUCUGCAAACCCUUCAGUCGGGCCUUCAUGGAGUGCUGCUGCUGUUGCUGUGAGGAAUGCAUUCAGAAGUCUUCAACGGUGACCAGUGAUGACAAUGACAACGAGUACACCACGGAACUCGAACUCUCGCCUUUCAGUACCAUACGCCGUGAAAUGUCCACUUUUGCUUCUGUCGGAACUCAUUGCUGAAGGAUAGUACUUGGUUGGGUCAGAUUUAUUUGUUUGAUUUUCAUAUCCCAUGAAAGUUUUUAAUUCAUGUUUUUCCUUAUAGGGAAAAAUGCAAAAAAUAAACAAUAAAGAAAGAAAUAUUAACUACUGCAGAACUGAUUUUACAAAUUAAUAUUUGUGCUUUGAAAAAAAGUUUCUAUUUAGUUAUUUAAGAAGAACAAGAAGGCCAAUAGUUUUAGAGCAUUUUAUCUGGUAUGGUGCUAAUAUUUUCUUUGAAAAAAGUUACUGCAACUUAACUUAAAAUUGCUAACGUUUUUUCUUCUUUUAAAAAUACAAUUAUUGUAUAUUGAUUAUAGCCAUGGGAUUUUGUAGGUUAUUUUAUAUUUGAGUUGUGAUUGAAAGUAUGUUGUAUAUGGUAUUGUGAGAUGAUUUGUACUUGGAAGCAUUCACAAAGUAGCACCAAAUAAAUUACACUUUAUUCUUUAAUGUCAUUGUCAAUCUGCUUUUAACCAAUAUUCAAUAAAUCUUCUAAUUGCCUUAAAGAUACAAUUACUGGUUCUAUGCACAAUUUAAAACCGGCCUUACUGUUUUAUAACGUAUUUUCUUUUAAGGCAGGUAAUCAUUAUGUUACAAAGAAGUUUUUCUAAUAGUAUUUUAUAUGCAUGAUUCAUAAAACUAUGUUGUAUGUUAAAACAAAGCUGUAUUUUUAAUAUUCAGGUAUAGAUGUCAAAUUACUUCUGAAUACUUAUAAAAUAUGCAUAAAUAGCAGAGUAGGAAGAAAGUUUCUUUUUUAAAAAAUUCACCUCUGAACUAGCACAUAGAGCUACAGAUUUUCCCUUGGGGAAUUAUGGGCAGAAUCAAGAAUUUUAAAAUGCAGUUGUCAUCUGAUUUCCUCUGAUCACUGACCUUUGAAGCUUUGUGAAUCCUACGUAAAGCACUCUGAGUUCUAAUUUUUCUCCUUUUGAAAAAUAAACUUGAUGAAAUCUAUACAACUUAAUUUCUUUAAGUGCAAUGAAAGUAUAGGAGUGGAAUAAUAACAUAUUUAUAUAUUUUUAUUAGAACAUUCAAAUAAUACCUUUAACUUGAUGCUUCAUAAACUCUGAAUAAAAAAACCUAACCUCCUUCAUUGGGAACAUUUGAAUCCCCUCUUUUGCCUCUUCGGGAGUUUAAAAUGCAGCAAUUGUGUAGGAUGCUUGCUGUGUGGGACACAUGUCUAACUCAGGUGGCAGAGACCAUGACCUAGUGACACAGUGAUAUUUAAAAGCUACCAAAGAAGAUGUGUAGUUGGAUGUCUUUGUCUUCAGAAAAAUCUUGUUAUAGCGAACCCAGUUUUCUUGCUGGGAAAACGUAUUUUCUGCUUGCUGAUUUCUGUUCUACUCAGCAUAAGUAAGUCAGUAUUCCUUUUUCCAAAUUAUAACAUGAUGUUAUUUAAAAAUCAUUAAAGAGAUUGGUGCAGGUGAAACUUAAAAUGGCAAUGCCCAGGCUAUCUCCUUUUUCCCAGUCCAAUACUUUUCAAAGGGGUUUUUCCCUCCAUAGUGGGUAUUCUGUGGGAUCUGCAGGAGAAUUAAAACAAGGCGCCCUUGUCUUCUUGUAGAUCCCUGUAAUAGGUCUUUGGAAAAUUUCUCAAGAGGUCAUCUGAGCUAGGUUUUGGCUGCUGAGCAGAUCAGCAACUGUGAUUCCAUAGUGUCUCUCUUGAUAUUUAGUCACUUUAUAAAUCAAGGAACAAUUGAGCAUGUCAUGUAGAAAAGAUUCUAUCCUAUUACCUGAGUAACUAAAGGUAAAUAGGUCACAGCCUCACACCUUACAAAAUCAGGCAGGGAUGACAUAGAUGGGAAGGAAUAAAAUAAAUACAUAGACAACUAUGAUAUAAGCUGGGGCUUGUUAGGUGCCUCAGGAAGAUGUGAAGUUCUGCGAUACUUUGGAAUAGAGGGAACGCUUGUCAGAAGAGAGCAUGGAAAGCUUUAUGAGAUAACUGGAUGUGUGGGCUUUUAGAAGGAGCUGAUGAAAGAUUGUGUGAGGAGUGGACACUUCAGGAGGAGAGAGCUAAUUUAUAAAGGAAUACAGGAAGAAAUCAGUGGGUGUCACUGAAGAAUAAACAGCCCAGUUUGACUUCUGUGCUACGUGUGCAUAGAAGCCUUGUGGGAAAUAUUAAAGAAAAUAUGCACCAAGGCCAUCUAAUAAUAGGGCCACGUUUUGAAAGAUGUUCACAUGGUGGUGCUUCAGGAAAUGGGGCUUUGCUUUUAAGGUUUUUGAGCAUGGAGAAAUAGUAUCACAGCUCUGCAAUAGGAAGAUCAACUUGCAAACAGUUUACAUAGGCUGGUAGGGGACAGUCUGAGCAUGAAAAAGCAACUAGGAAGCUAUUGUAAGAGGUUGAACCACAAUGGAGGGAGCGGGAACUUAAAUUUCUUUUUUCAUUUAUACUUGCCUUUCAACUUUUUAUAGUUGCAACAUGUACUUUCUUAUUGAAUCCUUCCUCUGUCAAAGUGGAAACUUUGAUAACUCAAAACAAAUUGUCCAAAGUAUAAAGUGAUUUCAAAGUUUUCUCAUAGUCUUGUGUUUUUCACAAAAACCAAUUUCUAUAACAUACUUUUAAAAAAUUGUUAAUCAUUUCUGUUCAGCAUUUCUUCAGUCUAGAUCUUACCCAAUGUCUUCCGCUCCUCAUUCAACAACAACAACAACAACAACAAAAAACUCACAUCUAAGAUUAAGUUCAGUAAAAUUUUGAUUAAUCAGAAAAUACUAGGAAUGGCGUUUUGGUUACUUAACAGUAACACUUUUGUGGUUUCAGAGUAGUCAAUGAAAAUAUUUUCAAAAUAUAUGUCUAUAUCUAUAACUGGAUAUAAUUAACUCGAUUUAACAUUUACUUGAUGAUUCACAAUUUUGAAGCCUUUGAAUGUUUGACUUCAAGCAGCAAGAAAGAUGGAGAGAUAGUGGGAAGGUAAACGUGAAGUGGUGCUCUGAGGGAUCAGUGGUUGAGAGGGAAGAAGUAGGAGGAAGAGCUUCACAGAGGAAAAGGAUCAAAUCCUUAUUCCAUAUUAUAGAUGUAAGUAAUUUACUGAAUUCUAAGAAAAUGCUGAUACUUAUUUUAAAAACUGUAUCCCUAAUCUUUUUUCCUCAUCAGUUCCUUAUUUCUCAUAAAAGUAAAAUUAGAAUAAAAGAUCAAUUUCUUUAAGAAUUAUGGUGAAAUUGAUUUUAGUGUGUUAUGUAAAGUAAUUGAUUUUAGUGUGUUAUGUAAAGUAGCAAGUGAUACUGAGUGUAGGGCAUUUUAAGUAACAGCUCUUUCAUUAUAUCUCAGCUAAUUUAUUCAACAACUAUUGAAUGAGUACUAUUAUAUGUUAAGCACCAUUGUAGGUGCAUGUGAUAUAGCUGUGAACAAAUCAUCAAGAAGCUUUGCCCUCUCUUGUUGAGACAGACAGACACUAUAAAUAAGGAGAAUACAUGGUGUAUAGUUUUUAGAAUACAUAGUAUUUUUGAUAGUGAAAAUUACCACGGAGGAAAGGAGUACCAGGGUAAGGUGGGGUUAUGAAGAAGACCUUAUUGCUAAUAUGACAUUAAAUUAAGACUUGAAGAGAGCAAUCAAGUCUUACAGCAACUGGGGGAAAAAGCAGGUUCUGAGGUAGGAAUAUGUCUGAUAGGUUUCAGGAAUGUAAAGCAGCUAGUGAAGCUGGAAAAGAAGGAAGAGAAGUAGAUGAGAUCAAAGAGCUAAAGGGAGGCCUUGUAAACUAUUGUAAUGACUGCUUUUUAUUCUGAGUAACACACCAUUGGAGGGUUUUAGAUGAAGUGAUCUGAUUUUUUUCAAACUAACAAUUUUAUUUAUUUAAUUUUAAUAUUACCAUAUAGUUAAUGUACAGUAAAUUCACUCCUGUUAGCACACAGUCCUGAGCAUGCACAGUUGUGUAACCACCACUGCAAAGUAUAAAACAGUCUCAUUAUUUCAGAAAAUCUUCCCAUCCCCCUUUGUAGCCAACUUUAUUCCAUUCCCUGCCCAACCACGGUCUUCUCUCUUUUUUGAUUGUUGCAGAAUGUCAUAUAAAUGGAAUUGUAUCAUACAUAGCAUUUCCAUCUGGCUUCUUUCACUAGCAGAGUAUGUUGGAUGUUCAUCCAUGUUGCCUGUAUCAGUAGUUUGUCUCUUUCUAUUGCUGAGGAGUAUUCCAUUGUAUGAAUGUACCACUGUGUGUUUAUGCAUUUCUUUCUCAGCUGAGGGACAUUUGAAUUGUUUCAAAACUUGGUGAUUAUUAAUAAAGCCACUAUAAAUGUC